AUGAAGCGGGACGUGCGCAUCCUCCUGCUGGGGGAGGCCCAGGUGGGGAAGACCUCUCUGAUCAUGGCUCUGGUGGGCGAGGAGUUCCCCGAAGAGGUCCCUCCUCGUGCAGAGGAGAUCACCAUCCCAGCUGAUGUCACCCCUGAGAAUGUCCCCACACACAUAGUAGACUACUCAGAGUCGGAACAGACGGAGGCUGAGCUGCAGGAGGAGAUCUCCAAGGCCAACGUGGUGUGCAUGGUGUAUGAUGUCACCAAGGAGGCCACCAUCGAGAAGAUCCGCAGCAAGUGGAUCCCCAUGGUCAACGGGGGAGCUGAAAAGGGCUCCAGGAUCCCUAUUAUUUUGGUGGGCAACAAGUCUGACCUGCAGGUGGGGAGCUCUAUGGAUGUCAUCCUGCCCAUCAUGAAUCAGUUCUCAGAGAUUGAGACCUGUGUGGAGUGCUCUGCCAAGAACCUCAAGAACAUCUCUGAGCUCUUCUACUAUGCCCAGAAAGCUGUGCUGCACCCCACAGCCCCUCUCUACGACCCAGAGGAGAAGCAGCUGAAGCCUGCCUGUGCACGAGCCCUGACACGGAUUUUCAACCUCUCAGACCAGGAUAACAACCAGGUCCUCAGUGAUGAGGAACUCAACUACUUCCAGGUAGGGCUGCAGAAGUCCUGCUUUGGAAACCCUCUGGCUGCCCAGGCCCUGGAGGAUGUGAAGAUGGUUGUGUGGAAGAACACCACGGAUGGGGUGCAGGACAACGGCCUGACGCUGACCGGGUUCCUCUUCCUCAACACCCUCUUCAUCCAGCGGGGCAGGCACGAGACCACCUGGACCAUCCUGCGCCGCUUCGGCUAUGACGAUGAGCUGGAGCUGACGGAUGACUACCUGCACCCACAGUUCCGGCUGCCCCCCGGCUGCUCCACGGAGCUCAACCACCUGGGCUACCAGUUCCUGCAGCGCCUCUUCGAGAAGCACGACAAGGACCAGGACGGAGCCCUGUCCCCGGCGGAGCUGCAGAGCUUCUUCAGCGUCUUCCCCUGCGUGCCCUGGGGCCCCGAGCUCUCCCACACGGUAUGCACCACUGACACAGGGCUGCUUUCCCUGCAUGGAUUCCUCUGCCAGUGGACGCUGCUGGCUUACCUGGACGUGCGGCGCUGCCUGGAGUGCUUGGGCUACCUGGGCUACCCCUUCCUGGCCGAGCAGGACUCGCAGGCACAGGCCCUGACCGUGACGCGGGAGAAGAGGAUUGACCUGGAGAAAGGACAGACCCAGCGCAGCGUCUUCCUCUGCAAGGUGCUCGGUGCCAGGGGCGCUGGCAAGUCCUGCUUCCUGCAGGCCUUCCUGGGCAGGAGCCUGCUGGUGAGUGAGACCCCAGGGGAGCCUUCCCUCUAUGUGAUUAACACAGUGCAGGUCAAUGGGCAGGAGAAAUACCUCAUACUGUGUGAGGUCAGUGCUGACACCACCUUCACCAAGCCGUCAGACACAGCCUGCGAUGUCGUCUGCUUCCUCUACGACCUGAGCGACCCCAGGUCCUUCAGCUACUGUGCCACUGUUUACAAGCAGCACUUCGUGGACAGCCAGAUCCCCUGCGUCUUCGUGGCCUCCAAGACAGACCUGCCAGAAGCCAGCCAGCAGCCCACGCCCUCCCCAGCUGAGUUCUGCUACAAGCACUGCCUCCCACCACCCUUCCCCUUCUCCUGCCACAGCCAGGGCCCACCCAGCACCACCAUCUACACCAAACUGGCCACUGCUGCCACCUUCCCCCACCUGACCGCGGUGGAGCUGGGAGCUGCCUCCUUCUGGCUGCGGGUGGCGCUGGGGACAGCAGUGACAGCCCUGGUAGGCUUCACACUCUACCGUGUGCUGGCCAGGAACAAGUGAGGGCCACUCUGCAGCCUGUCCUCCCCUGACACCAGCCCCCCACAGUCACACCCCGCUGAGGAGCGACCCUGCCUCCAGCUACUCUGCCGGGCAAAUCCUCCUCAUUCUCCUCCCAGCUUGGAUUGCAGGACCAGUGGAAUCAGACUGCCCAGCACCAGCAGGACAGAGCCCCCCAGCCUGGCUCCGUGGCCUCCUCACCUCGGGAGCUCCUGACCAGCUCUGGGAGGUCCUGCCCAGCCCUGGGGGGUCCUGCCCAGCCCUGGAAGCUCCUGGCCAGCUCUGGAGGCUCCUGGCCAGCCCUGGAAGCUGCUGGGCAGCCCUGGAGCUGUGCCUGAACCUCAUAUUUUAUUCUGUUCAUUUUUUAAUGGUUGUUCUGAAGCUCCCACAUGAGUGGUUGGGUGUCUGUGGGGCUGGCACUGCCCUUCCCCUCAGGGCUGUGCUGGUGCCCUCGAUUCUUGGCAGGAACUGUGGGGGAGGGGUGAGCACCACUCCCAGAGCCCCCUGGGGGCUUCCAGCAGCUGCAGAGCUUUCAAACUGUGAUCCCAGCCUCUGUGCCAGCACUGGAAAAGGCUCACACCCCCCAGCUCCUGUGGUUUGGGGUCACUCCUGUCCCCUCUUACUGGGAUACUGUGGCUGCAGCCCCCACCCCCAGGCUGUGAGGGGAGGGGGUGAUGCCCAGCACCCCAAUCCCAGACUGUGAGGGGAGGGGAUGAUGCCCAGCACCCCAAUCCCAGGCUGUGAGAGGAGGGGGUGAUGCCCAGCACCCCACCCCCAGGCUGUGAGGGGAGGGGGUGAUGCCCAGCACCCCAAUCCCAGGCUGUGAGAGGAGGGGGUGAUGCCCAGCACCCCACCCCCAGGCUGUGAGGGGAGGGGGUG